AUGUCCAACAACAAUUCGUCAACAACACCUCCAGCACAACAAAAUCUUGUGGGGCUGUAUCGACACGGAACACUCGGAGUACAAUUGCAAAAAGCUUUGGAUCAACUAAAAGACCAAGAUAAAGUAUCGGACACUGUAGUUGAAAGAGUAAUGAAGGUUUUUGACAAGAGUAUUUGUAAUGCACUGGCAACAAAACUUAACAACAAAAUGACCCUGAAAGCCGAUCAAUGUAUUACAUUUAAUUUUAAUAAUAAUGUUUAUGUUUGGACUCUAAAAGAUGUUCAAGUCAAAUUGGGAAAUCAUAAAUGUAGUACACUCGAUUACGUGAAAAUUGUGGCUUGUGAUGGCACCACAGCUGCAGCCAAAAAAACUACAACAUCAAAAAAGAGAAAGAAGUAA